AAUCGAAUUCCUGCAAAACAUUCACGUCGCGCGGUUCAGGUUAGACCCGGUUAGUCUACACUAUAAAUAAAAUCGUGAUGUCACGUUGUAAUUGUUGUUGUUGAUAAACGAAUAGGAAUUCUUCAGUUAUAAGAUUUUUUACAUCUUUAAAGGUUUGAAAAUUUGUUCAAAUUUGUCUAUUGUGUUCACCUGAUAAAAAGUUAUACGUUAAUUUUAUUUGAUUAAAGAUGAGCGCCGGCAAAGAAUCUCCGGAUCCUGCUAUAGAUAAAAGAUCAAGUGACGCGAGUAUCGUGAGUUUAAUAACGAGUACAUUAAAAAAGGCAUCUAUAGUAGGGAUAGUUUAUUUUGCGGGAUAUAUGCAAUGGUCGGUUGCGUGGUUCAUAGGUCCGUUGGUAUUAGCCGUUAUCAGGGAUCAAUGGAAAAAAACGAAUGAUCGGAAGCGAACCAUUGCUAAAGCUGCCGCAUUGGCAAGCGAAAAGGACGUAGUCUUAGCGAGACUCAAUGAUUUGCCAGCAUGGGUUUUCUUUCCCGAUAUCGAGAGAGCGGAAUGGUUAAAUCGAAUUAUCAAACAAGUAUGGCCUAACGUUAACAAGUAUGCGAAACAAAUUGUCAGAGAUUCUAUUCAACCCGCGCUGAAAGAAAGUUUGGAAAAAUAUAAACUAUCGGGCUUCAAGUUUGAACGGAUUAUUUUGGGGACAGUUCCAUUUAGAAUCGGAGGGGUCAAGGUCUACGACAGGAACGUAGAUCGCAACGAGAUUAUCAUGGAUUUGGAUAUAUUUUAUGCCGGAGAUUGCGAUAUCACAUUCUAUUUGUCUGGAAUGAAAGGCGGUAUAAGAGAUUUUCAAUUGCACGGAAUGCUAAGGGUAGUGAUGAAGCCUCUAAUAUCUUCGAUGCCGUUGGUUGGAGGCCUGCAAGUAUUCUUUUUGAAUAAUCCUGACAUCGAUUUUGAUUUGGUGGGUAUCGCCGAUGUCUUGGACAUGCCUGGUUUGAGCGAUAUUUUAAGAAGGAUUGUGGUAGAAACCGUUGCUAAUAUGAUGGUGUUGCCAAAUAAAUUCCCCAUAAAAUUAAGUGAAGAGGUUGAGGCGGUGGAACUGAAAGCUCCGGAGCCGGAAGGAGUUUUAAGGGUCCACGUGGUGGAAGCCAAACAUCUUAUGAAAAAAGAUAUAAGCAUGCUGGGAAAAGGAAAGUCCGAUCCUUACGCAGUCAUCACGGUCGGCGCUCAAGAGUUUAAAACGAAACCCAUUGAUAACACCGUCGACCCCAAAUGGGACUACUGGUGCGAGGCAAGUGUUAAUUCAGUGGACGCUCAGUUUAUAACCUGCUCGUGUUGGGAUUGGGAUCCAAAAAUUCCCGGUCAAGCUCAAGACGAUUUUUUGGGCAGGGCUACCAUCGAGGUGGAAAACAUCGUCAAAAAGGGGCAUGAAGAUACGUGGGUAACGCUGGAACAAGCGAAACACGGAAUGGUCCAUCUUCGUUUUAGUUGGUUAACUUUGAGUCACGAUUACGGAGACUUAAACGAUAUUUUAAACGAAACUCAAAGCUUGCAAGUGUCUUCGUUAAAUACUGCUUUGCUUACAGUCUUUAUCGAUUCCGCAAAAAAUUUGCCGCAAGCUAGAAUGUCAACGAAACCAGAUCCGUACGUAGUUCUUCGCGUCGGUAGUCAAACCAAGAAGACCAACGUCUUAAUGAGGACAAUCCAUCCUGUUUGGGAACAAGGAUUUACUUUCCUAGUGGCAAAUCCCGAAAAUGACACUUUGAACUUGAGCAUCAUGGAUCAGAAAACGAAUUCGGAAAUUGGACAGCUAGUUUAUAAAAUUAAAAAUCUUUCAAAUAAAGCCAACUUGGAAAUUAGCAAGGAACCGUUUGGAUUAAUUAAGUCCGGACCGGAUAGUAAGAUCUUGUGGUCUAUGCAUUUAAGGAUCUUGAAAAAAAGUGUAGGAGAAGAGGGCAUGCUAGAAGACGAACCAGAAUCACUUCGACGCGCCGACUCUAGAACGUCGAUAGCCUCGGCUGGCUCUAGGCAAAGUUUGAUUCGAAAAUCUUCAGAAGAAUCUCCGCAGGACCCUGCGAAAGAGGAAUUUGUCACUGACAAGUCAAUCGAAGAAGUGAUUCCCAGUUCGAUGACCUCCAGUGUUCUUCAAAGUAGCGCUGAUUCGCUGCACCAUAGAACUCCAGUUGUUACUUCAUCAGCUGGGGAAGCUGGAUUGGGAAGAAUUCAGUUGACUCUGAACUACAGCAUUCAGCGACAGAGGCUUAUCGUCAAUGUACAUAAGAUUGCUAAUAUUCCCCUCAAAGACCCCUCGAGUAUUCCUGAUCCAUACGUGAAGUUGUAUCUUCUCCCCGAGCGCUCAAAAGACAGCAAAAGGAGAACCCAGGUGAUAAAAGAUAAUUGCAAUCCAGUAUACGAGGAGAUUUUCGAGUAUGUCAUAAAUCAAGCGGAAGUUAAUAAUAAACAGCUUGAAGUAACCGUUUGCACCCAGAAACAACUGUUUUAUUCCAGCAGUAACAUUUUGGGACAGGUACUGAUCGACAUCAGUAAAAUUGAUCUUACACACCCAUAUUGUACUUGGUUUGACUUGCAACCAGAAUGAAAGCAUUGCGACGUAAUAUUUUGCGCCUCGAAUCUCUAAUCUCACCAUCUCAGAUAACAAAUUUAUGACUAUGUUAUUUAUAUCUACUAUGUUAAUCAUUGGGUUACAAAUUGUCAGAUCUUUUAUGUGCAAAAUGCGGAAAAAAAGGCACCAAAGAAUAAAUUCUUAUUGAAAUAAGUUGGGAGAUACCAUAUCAAAAUAAACCGAUCCAUUUUGUUGGGAUAAUUUUUUUGAAUUUUAUAUCCGAUUUUAGUUAUUUCUGAAAAUAUUUAGAAAAUAAUUUCUUCAUAAAUAAAGUUAUUGAAGUGAAGCGACAACAAAAAUGUCAAGAAAAGACGCUUGGUUAUUAACGAUCUGUAAUUAAAUCAAUAUUUUUAAAAGAUAACGAAAAUCGGAUUUAAAAUAAGGAAAUAUAUGUUCACGAUCAGAACUUAUCAAAAUAUUAAGUGGCUUCACUAUUUUGUCGCGAGUGUGUCUAGUUUUAACUUUUGCACAUUUUUAAUAAACAAAAAACAAUAGUUACGCUUGUGUUUAUUUUAUGCGAUUAUGAAUCUCCCAUAAGUCGAAUAGUUGUUUUGUAUUUAAAUUUUGCUGCUUUUGUUUUUAUUUUAGUCAUAUAUACCCAAGGUUAUAUUAAAAAUUCAAAAAAAAAUGUUAAUGUUGUUGUUGUUUUGUUAAUAAAUUGAUUUUUAUUAGUUGUAAGAAAAUUAAAAAAAAAAACAAUGUUGAAUUUUCUGUGUUAAUGUAAUGGACUUUCCUACCAAACUAACAUUUAAAUAUUGAUCUAACAAUAUACAAAUAU